CAGAGGCUCAUGUCAGUCAGUCAUGGGUUUUUCUGGGUUACAGAUAAGGACAUGGAAACUCUUUGUCUGCCUGAGUUGGAUCUGUGUGGUUGGGACGAUGGCAAAACCACAGUACAUGGUGGCUGUUCCUGCGGUUCUUGAAGCUGGAGCUGAAACCAAAUUCUGUGUGAGUCUCCUGCAGCCCAACGAGACUCUGGUCAUGACCGUCACUCUGAUCUCCCAAGAGAAGAACACAACCCUUCUCAAACAAGCAUCCAGUGAAGAGUUUCAUACCUGCACUCACUUUAAGGCUCCUUUAGUGCAGAAUAAAGAGGUGCAGAAGUUCGAGGUGGAGGUACGAGGCGACACAUUUUACUCUAAAGAAAUCAAGAAAGUCAUGAUCAAAGUCUAUCAGCCAAUGACGUUCGUCCAAACAGAUAAACCGAUCUACCUCCCUGGACAAACAGUGCAUUUCAGGGUCAUUACACUGGACACCAGGUUGAGACCUGUCGGUCAGCUGUACAAUGUCAUCGAAAUUAAGGAUUCUAAUGACAACAGGAUUGGGCAGUGGCUAAAUGAAAACUCGAAUAGUAAAAUAUUGCAGCUUUCUUACUCUUUGAACUCUGAGGCCCGUGAAGGAAAUUACCACAUUUCUGUGUCAGUUGAUGGAAGGAAAACCUCUCACAGCUUCAAGGUGGAGAAAUAUGUUUUGCCUAAAUUUGCCAUGAAAAUAAAUACACCUGAUGAAGUAAGCAUUGGACAGGAGGAAUUCAAAGCUGAAGUAUGUCUAAAAUAUACAUAUGGGCAGCCUGUGCCAGGCAGCGUUGAAGUUAAGGUCUGCCGAACUCAUACCUAUCAGACAGACUAUGAGGACCCAUGCUACAGGGAGACAAAGCAGACAGAUAAGACCGGCUGUGCCACUUUCACCUUCUCACCAUACAUGCUGCAAGGGACAUUUUAUCUCUAUACCAAAGUCGAAGAGGAGGGGACUGGUAUUUCAUUUUCACAAACAAAGAAUAUAGGCUUUUCUUAUAAAGUCGGGACGCUGUCCUUUAUUGACACGCCUAAGAUUUAUCAGGAAGGAUCAAAUGUGGAGGGAAAAGUUAAAGCAGUUCACUACAAUAAUACACCCAUUCCUGACAUGGUGGUCUACCUGUUUGAGGGGAAAAACAAACAUUCAGCACGUCUGCUACAGAACCUCACAACUGACAGUGAUGGUAUCGCUGCUUUUUCAUUCAACACAUCCAACCACAAAGGGGACGUCAACCUGCAUGUAAGGAGCCAACUGGAGUCAAGAUCCCCAAUUAGAACUCCAUUCUAUGAGGAUGGACAUCACAAAGUGUCUCUGGCCAAGCUUUCUACUCCUGAUGCUAAAACAAUCAGCUCCCUGGAGGUGAGGAAGAAGGAUGAACCACUUCCCUGCGACAGAGAAGAGACCAUCUCCAUCCGAUACACAGUAGUGGGAGAGAAACAGGCCUCUGUGGAUGUGAUGUAUCUGGUCUUAUCCAGAGGAGCCAUUGUCAUGCAAGGAUUUAAAAAGAUUGAAGUGAGAGAUAAUUCAGUGACUGAGGGAAAGGUGUCCUUUCAGCUGGAAGUGUCUCCAGAGGUGGCACCAGUCAUCCAGGUCAUAGCUUAUGCAAUCCUCCCCAGUGAAACAGUGAUCGCCAACAGCACUGACUUCAAGACUGAGAAAUGCUUCAGUCAUAAGGUGUCGCUGGACUUUUCUCCGUCCUCAGCCGUCCCAGGAGAGGAGACCACCAUGCAGGUGACGGCCCAGCCAGACUCUCUUUGUGGCGUGAGCGCUGUCGACCAGAGCGUCCUCAUCAAGGAGCCGGGGAAGACUCUGAAUGCAGACAAGAUACUUGACCUGUUGCCUGUCAAAGAAGUAUCCCAAGUUCCAUCUGAGGUCCGAGAGCAAAUAGAAUGCUUGAUGUGGGGACGAAGGUACUUUAAUCCACGCUAUGCCGAGAAAGAUGACGCCUUUAGUGUGUUCCGGAGAGUAGGACUGAAGAUGGCGACUAAUUUGAUUGAAAUGCCUGUAUGCGUCAUGCCUGAAAUAUUACGUAAAUACUCUGGUCCUUUGUUUCAGACCCCCUCAUUCAGGUUCAGAUUCACUUCAACUUCCAAUCAUCGUAUGCGUGUUGUGAACUCUCCUGUUUCUAUUGUGGAAAUCAAGUCUGUAGUUGAGGCUCCGCCAAUACAGACAGUCCGCACUUUUUUCCCUGAGACCUGGAUAUGGGACCUGGUAGAUGUUGGAGAGACCGGAACAAAGGACGUGUCCUUCACCGUCCCAGACACCAUCACCACCUGGGAGACGGAGGCUUUCUGUUUGUCCCCUCAGGGUUUUGGCUUGGCUCCGCGUAAAGAACUCACUGUCUUCCAGCCUUUCUUCCUGGAGCUCACCCUGCCCUACUCCAUCAUCCGGGGGGAGCACUUUGAACUGAAGGCAACCACCUUCAACUACCUGUCCAGUUGCAUCAUGGUCACUGUGACUCCAGCACCCUCCUUAGAUUACACCCUCACCCCCCACUCUAGUGACCAGUAUACAUCCUGUUUGUGUGGCAGUGAGCGCAAGACCCUCAGCUGGACCAUGGUCCCCUCAUCUUUAGGGGUUGUGAACGUGACUGUGUCUGCUGAGGCUGUGGCAUCCCAAGCGUCAUGUGACAAUGAAAUUGUGACAGUGCCAGACAGAGGUCGUAUUGAUGUUGUGACACGAUCUCUCAUAGUAAAGGCUGAAGGAACUGAGAUGACAAAGACCCACAAUUGGCUGCUCUGUCCAAAAGGAGAGGCUUUGACGGAGGAAAUAGACUUACAGCUCCCUGAGAAUGUGAUUGCUGGAUCUGCCCGUGCCUCAAUAUCAGUCCUGGGUGACAUUCUGGGCCGAGCCCUGAAAAACCUGGAUGGGCUGCUGCAGAUGCCGUACGGAUGUGGUGAGCAGAACAUGGCGCUCCUGGCUCCCAACAUCUACAUCCUCCAGUACCUGAAAAACACACAGCAGCUGACCCCAGCCAUCCUGGAAAAGGCCACCAACUUCCUGACCAGUGGCUACCAGAGACAGCUGAACUACAAACACAACGAUGGUGCUUACAGCACAUUUGGGAGAGGAACAAGAAACACUUGGCUGACUGCUUUUGUGAUGAGAUGUUUUGGCAAAGCUCAGUCUUUCAUCUACAUUGACCCGGCAAAGAUCCAACAGUCAAAGACUUGGCUGCUGAGUAAACAACAAGGCAGCGGCUGUUUCCAGAAGUCAGGAAAACUCUUCAACAACAGAAUGAAGGGUGGUGUGUCUGAUGAAGUGACUCUCAGUGCUUACAUCACUGCUGCCCUCUUGGAAAUGUCCGUUGAUGUUGAGGACGAUGUGGUGAAGAAGAGCCUGUCCUGCCUCAAGGAGUCCAUCGGUGACCUCAGCAACACCUACACUACAGCUCUGCUGGCGUACGUCUUCACCCUGGCAGGAGACACAGAGACACGUGAUCACCUUCUGCAGCACCUAGACACCGUCGCAGUGAAACAAGGGAGUCUCCUCCACUGGUCCCAGACAGCAACAGAUACUUCAGCCUCUCUGUCUGUGGAGAUCAGCUCCUACGUUAUGCUGGCUAAACUCAGCGCCUCCCCCACUCCUGAAGACCUGGGCUACACCUCUAGCAUCGUCAGGUGGUUGACAGGCCAGCAGAACCAUUAUGGAGGCUUCUCCUCCACACAGGACACGGUGGUGGCUCUUCAGGCUCUGGCUCUGUACUCCACUCUGACGUUCAGUCCAGAGGGUUCGAGCACAGUGACCGUCCAGUCCGCCAGCGGCCAGCUGACAAUUGAUGUGAACCAAAACAACAAGCUGCUCUACCAGGAGAAGACGCUGCCCGACGUGACGGGAAAGUACAGCCUGGAGGUGAAGGGCACUGCAUGUGCUUCAAUGCAGGUUUCUCUUCACUACAACAUCCCAACUCCUACUGACGGCACCACUCUCACCGUCAGAGUAAAACCAACCAGCUGCAUCAGCACAUCUCUCAAGCCCAGAUUCACUCUGGAAGUCACCUCCAGAUAUAGUGGAAAGGAGACCACUCCCAACAUGGUGAUCCUGGAUAUCAAAAUGCUUUCUGGCUUUGUCCCAGACCCAGAGUCUCUGAAACGCGUGAGUUAUCAGAGAAACUUUGAGCUCAGUAGAAACUGAUGAGUUUUCAUGUUUUGAUGAAGCUGAGUA